GGCAUCAACCUGGGUAGCAUUCGCUUCCAUCUGUGACUUGCCCUACAUUUCCCGUCGCGACGCAAAGCAUGGAAGAUUUCUGGCCCGGUAUUUGGGUCUACUUCUCGUUGUUGGCGUGCCGGUAGAAGACUAUAGCGUCGUUGUCCUGGCCGCCUGGCGGAAGCCAUGGUCGGAUAGCUGGCCUUGCCGGAAGCCACCCGUGUACACGUCCCUAUCGGAGACCGUUCUACUUCUACCUGGAUUCCCUGAGGCCGGACCGUUUUCAAACUGUAAAAGGACCAGUUGAAACCCUGCAACAGCCUAUAUUAGAAGAACACGAGAAACUUCUUCAGCUACCGCAAAGUGAAGGGAGCGUGCACGACCAAAACCAGAACCAUGUCGAAGCCACAAGCCUAUUACUCGUGGUACAAUCUCUCGAUUGUCUUCGCCCUUUGUUUAGGCUCUUUGACCUAUGGAUACUGCUUCAGUAUCAUCUCAACCACGCUUGGACAACCCGGCUUCUAUGCGUAUUUUGGCCUAGCGGCCGUGGCAACUGAUCCAAACUAUGCGUACACGAAUCGCAUUCUCGGAGCCACUAGCGGCCUCUUCUCUGCCGGUGCCUUUAUGGGGUGCUGGACAAUGGGCUGGAUGUGUGACGCUCGUGGCCGCAAGCAGGCUUUGUGGAUUGCUGCCACCAUCUCACUGGUGGGCUCAGCCUUGCAAGCCGGAUCAGCUGCCAUCGGCAUGUUCCUCUUCGCCAGAUGGUUGACAGGGUACGGAGUCGGGAACUUGGUGACCUUGAUCCCGAUCAUGCAGGCUGAAAUCUCUCCACCCGCCAGUCGAGGCUUCUUGGUCGGCCAGCAUGGUGUGGUUCUUGUGGCCGGUUACACGGUUGCUGGGUGGGUUGGCUUCGGUUGCUUUUUCGCCACCAACCCCAACUUUCAAUGGCGUUUCCCUCUUGCAGUUGCCUGCCUGUGGCCGCUGUUGACUCUUGCGGUUUCUCCGUGGAUUCCCGAAUCCCCCAGAUGGCUCAUUCUCAGAGGAAGCAAAGACGAAGCCUGGACGAUCAUCGCGAAACUGCACUACAAUCCGGCUGACCCAGAGGAGCUGUAUGCGCGACGGGAGUUUGAUCAGAUGUGUCGCCAAGUGGAAAACGAUAGGCUAUACUUCGAACACGAGAGUGUCGUGGACCUCUUCCGCAAACCAAGCUAUCGAAAGAGGAUGAUCUGUGGCUUCUUGACCUUUUUCAGCAACGAGUCGUCCGGAAUCCUGGUAAUCUACAACUACAGUGUUUUGAUAUACAAAGGUCUUGGACAAACCGGGUACAUGCCUCUCCUUUUGUCCGGUGUAUAUGUCACACUUGGGGCCAUGGGAAACUGGGUCAACUCGAUGUUGGUGGACCGUGUCGGCCGAAAGGCUCUCUUCCUUACCGGUCUGAGCGGUAUGCUUGUCUCACUGAUUGCAGAGACAGCUUUGGUCCGCUUCUACGCCGGGACGGCUGGCCAUGGGGGAUUGAGUGCGGCCCUUUUCUUCAUUUUCCUACACCUGGUAUUUUAUGGCUGCUGUAUUGACGCCAACAGCUUUGUCUAUUGCUCUGAGAUCUUCCCCACCCAUAUUCGGCCGCGAGGCAUGGCGUGGUCUGUGGGAACCUUAUUUUUGACAACGAUCCCUUAUCUGGAAGCUGCCCCUACGGCCUUUGCCACCAUUGGGUACAGGUACUACAUUGUCUUCAUCAUCUUGACGGCGAUCAAUAUCCCAAUCAUCUACUUUUUCUUCCCAGAGGUGAGUGUGGCAAUGACCUUUCCCUUUCUGAUGCGGUCGAAACGUACUGAUGUAGACUGCAGACCAAAGGCCUUUCACUGGAAGAAAUCGGCGAAAAGUUUGGCGACGAUGUAGCCAUUCACCUCACCAACCAGGUCGAAGACGACAAGAAGGAGAUGGAGG